AUGGCCACAACCACAGCCACUUCCCACGAUGACGUCGCCAUCAUCGGCGGCGGCAUCGCAGGCAUGGCCUUCGCCCUCUGCCUCAACGCUCACGCCAUCCGCGCCACAAUCUACGAGUCCCGCAACGAGGUGCCCCUGCCCCACCACGCGGGCGGCGGCAUGAUGCUCUGCCCCAACGCCCUGCGCAUCCUAGAGUCCCUGGGCGUCUACGAGCCGCUCCUCAAGAAGGCGUACAGUUUCGACUAUGUCUACUACAAGGACCGCGACGAGGUCACAGUCGACCGGUACCCGCUCGGCGGCAAGGCCGACUUUGGGUACGAUGCCGUGCGGAUUUUCCGGCAGGAGCUGAUUGAAAUCCUUACGGGUGCGUGUCGCGAGCGGGGUAUUGAGAUACGAUACGGGAAAAGAUUUGUCAACGUUAUCGCGGAGGGGGAGAAGGAGGUGGAGUUUGAAUUCGCCGACGGGGAGAGGCGGGGGGCAGGGCUGCUCGUCGGCGCGGACGGGAUCCACUCCCGGGUGCGGAGCACCUACGUCGCACCGGAAGCGAAGCCCGGCUUCGUGGGUCUCGCGGCGCUGACGUAUGCGGUGCCGACGGCGCAGCUGCGGGUGCCGGCGGACAAGGACUACAAGUUCCCCGUGAGCGUGGCGAGCGGCAACGGGGUGUUUGUGCUGGCGCCGCAGGGGCGGGACGGCGGGGAGAUGCUGGCGGGGACGCAGGUGCCGUUUGACGCGGCGAGGGCUUCGCUGCCGCGGGAGGCGCUGAUGACGGAUAAGGAGGCGCUCAAGGCGCGGUUGCGGCGGAACGAGGAGGCGUGGCCUGGGUUGGUGAGGUCUGCGCUCGAAGGGAUCCGGGACGAGACGAUGAAUGUGUGGCCGUUUUUCAUGCUUCCUGCGCUGGAGAGGUGGGCUUCGCGGGGCGGGGUGGGGAGGGUCUUGGUUUUGGGGGACGCGGCGCAUGCGAUUCCGCCGACGACGGGACAGGGGGCUUCGAUGGCGCUGGAAGACGCGGCGGCGCUUGCGCUGGUGUUGAAGAGGAUGAAGGAGAGUGAGGGGAGGAUAAGUUGGGCGAACGGGGUCGGGUUCUGGCAGGGGAUUCGGAGGGAGAGGCUGGGAAAGCUGGUGGGGUUGACGAAGAUGUUGAAUAAUAAGAGGCUGCCGAGCGAGGAGAUGGCCAAGUUGCCAAGGGAGGAGAUUUGGUUUGAGGAGGGGGAGGGACAGAUGAGGUGGUUGUAUGUGCCUCAGAUUGAAGAGCGGGUUGAGGAGUGGGUGAAGGAAAAGUUGCGGUGA